GGUGUAGGAAGGACUGAUAAUUUUUUCAGAAAGAAACAAAUGAAGGCUAGACUCAACUUCCACCUGUAAGAAGGAGAAAUCCCAGUUAAAUCUAUUAAUUUCCUUCUUUUUUAAAAAAAAAAAAAAAGAAAGAAACUGAGGACAGAUCCAACUUUUACCUGUACAGAGAGGGGUCAUAAAAUAAAUGACGCUCAACUAAAAUCAAUGAAGAAUUCAGAAUGAACACUGACACCACACAAGAAACAGAAACCAACACCCUUUUCCCUUUAAAAUCCUCACCUUCUUUUCUUAGGGACAGUUAACUCAGAAGCCAUCCCUUUCCAUUCGCUGAACCUUGCAGUCCUUCUUCUGAAAUAUUCUGACAACUCCAAGAAUUAAACCGUAAAUGGAAAAAUAUAUUUUGAAUAUAAUAAUAUUGGGAGUGAUUUCAUGGGGGACGAUAUUUCUGUUGAUCAGAAAGGUGGUGCCGAGUCGUUCUUUUGAGUUCUGUAAUCGUUUAGUUUCUACAAUCCAUGCUAUUGUAGCUGUGACAUUAGCUUCUAUUUCCGUUGAAGAUUGGAGGUGCCCGGUUCGGCCUCUGGCUUCAGAAUGUACUCCAAGUCAGAUGAUAGCGUUGGCAGUAACCGUUUCGUAUCUGAUAUAUGAUCUGCUAUGCUGCCUCUUCGACACACGACCCAAUCUUGAUAAUACGAUUCAUCAUUUGGUUAGCAUUGUUGGUUUAGGAGCCGGCCUUGUGUAUCAUAAGAGCGGAACAGAAUUGGUGGCAGCACUGUGGAUAACAGAAAUAUCAAGCCCUUUCCUACACUUGAGGGAGCUUCUCAAGGAGCUUGGUUACAGGAACACCAACCUUAACUUGGCAGCCGACAUAUCAUUUGCGGUCGUAUUCUCGGUUGGACGAAUGGUAGUUGGCCCUUACCUGGCCUACGCCACACUCACUGCUAAUAAUCCAAUUAUCAUCCAGGCAAUGGCAGUGGGAUUACAGAUGGUCAGUGCUUUCUGGUUCUACAAGAUUGUGAGGAUGGUGAAAUACAAGCUAGCCACUAGAACCACAUCUAAGAAAGUUGUCUCCCCUGAAAAGUUGAAUUAGACAAUCAACUGUUUCUGUCAUUAAUCCGGUAGAGUUACAUGACAACGCCGGUGUCAUAUUGAACUCUAAUGUUAGAUUAAACAUUUCAAAUUUCAACUAUUAAUCUUUAUUUGCUUAAA